AUGGCGAUGCCCUACAGUGAGGCAAACUCGCGCUUGAUGCUCAUCGACGACCGCGACUCUGCGGUGCAGUAUGAGGGCAGCUGGGCCCGCAAGACUCGCUUUGGCAAUAGCAUCAGCACGUCCUCAACGCCCAAUGCGUCGGUCUCGAUGGAAUUCGACGGAACACGGAUCAUCGUCGUCGCACUCGCCGCACCUGCGAACCACACUACGCCUCCAACGGUGCAGUUUGCGAUUGACGGCGCGCUCGCGGACACGGUCACGCCGCCCGCCGCGGAGGAUUGGACGUUCUAUGCGAUCUUCGACAGCCAGGGGCUCGCGGACGGGAUGCACACGAUCAACGCAACCGUGCUCGAGGUGGCGGCCGACUAUCCACUCAUGCUCGACGCAUUCAUGUUCCAACCGAGCAAGAAGUACUGGGGGCUUGCGCUUGCACCUCCGACGCUUGAGGUGACUGGAGAGGACGGGACCGCAGGGAAGGGGAAUAGGAGGGCAAAUGUGGGUGCGAUCGUGGGCGCGGUGUUGGGCGGGUUAGUGCUGGUCGCCCUUGGGAUCGCGCUGUUUUGGUGGUGGAGGCGGAGUCGUCAGCAUGCGUACACGUCUCUCGGUGGUGAGGGAAGCUACGGCGAGCGGAAAUCCUCGAAGACAGUAACACCAUUCGUCCUUACGCUACCAACGGGUGUGGUCAGCGUCGAGGACAAACGCACCUACUACGAUCUCUCAAAUACCCCAUCCACGGCGUCGAGCUCAUCACUGACGCCUGUCGCGCCCGCCCUGCCCUCACCCGAAUUCUCGAUAUCUGUACCGGUGCCUUCCGAGUCCUCCGACACAACGGCGACAGCAGCCUCCUCUUCUGCGGCCGCCGACGUACCACAAGCGGCGGUGCUUGACCCCGUAGUUGGACACAACACGUACCAGAAGGUUGGGCCGACGGAUUCAACCACUCUUGCUGUACGCAAAGCGCGGAGGACAAGCAUAGCCGACAUCAUGCAGGCGGCGAUCCAGGUAACCCGUUGGCGCACGAGCAGGAGAGAGGACUUGACGCCCUCAGACGCGCCCCCACGGUAUUCUGAGCGUUGACGGACCCGCACUUCCCAGUCGUCACCUACUCUAUCAAUC